ACAGCUGUUUCUGCCGUCAUCCCUGGCCACUGCCUGCUCUUGCCUAGGGAAAAAGUUUCGCCUCCAGACAGGCUGCCCAACCUGCCCAAAGGCUUCCGGAGGCUCCUCGGCGGGGAGCGGCCGUGCCUGGCGCUGGGCUCGCUGGCCGCGGGCAGCGGGAGCAGGAUUUUGCUGGGGGAUUAAGGCUGUGCUGGCCCCGCGGGGGUGGCUCAGUCAUGGCCUCCAAGCGCCACGCAUCCCCCCCGAAGCAGCCGGAUGGCAGGGGCAAGAAAGCGAAGGGGGGAGAGGAGGAUGACGCCUGGAGCUCCACCUUGGCAGCCCUGAAAACUGCCCCCAAGGAGAAGCCCCCUGCCACCAUCGAUGGGCUGUGCCCCCUGAGCACGGCGCCGGGUGCCCAGGUCUAUGAGGAUUACGACUGCACCCUGAACCAGACGAAUAUCAGCGCCAACAACAACAAGUUCUAUAUCAUCCAGCUCCUUGAGCAUGAUGGUGCCUACAGCGUCUGGAGCCGCUGGGGUCGCGUGGGGGAGGUGGGCCAGUCCAAGCUCAUGCCCUCCACCUCCCUGGAGGCUGCCAAGAAGGACUUUGAGAAGAAGUUUCGGGAGAAGACCAAGAACAGCUGGGCGGCGAGGGAGAACUUUGUUGCCCAGCCGGGGAAGUACACACUCAUCGAGGUGCAGCCAGGGGCCGGGCAGGAGAUGGAGGUUGCCCUCAGGGUGGAUGGUGUGGACGGGGACAAGGUCUGCAAGCAGCGGGUGCUGCCCUGCACCUUGGACAAAGCAACGCAGGACCUGGUAUCCCUCAUCUUCAGCAGCGACAUGUUCCGGGAUGCCAUGCAAACCAUGAAUAUCGAUGUGAAGAAGAUGCCACUGGGGAAGCUGAGCAAGCAGCAGAUCGCAAGGGGCUUUGAGGCACUGGAGGAGCUGGAGGCAGCGCUGCAGGAGCAGCCCCCCAAGGCCGCCCGCCUGGAGGACCUCUCCUCCCGCUUCUACACCAUUGUCCCCCAUAACUUUGGGCGGGCACGGCCACCCCCCAUCAACUCCCCCGACCUGCUGCGUGCCAAGAAGGACAUGCUGUUGGUGCUGGCUGACAUCGAGGUGGCACAGAGCCUGCAGGCGCAGAAGGUGAAGGAGGAGGAGGAGGAGGAGGAGGAGAAGGAAGUUGCCCAUCCGCUGGAUCAGGAUUACGCCCUGCUCUGCUGCCAGCUCUCCCUGCUGGACCCGGCUUCCCGGGAAUACCAGCUGAUCCAAAACUACGUGACACAGACCGGACACAAACUCCGCAUCCUCAACAUCUGGCAGGUGGCCCGAGAUGGCGAGGAUGAGCGCUUCAAAGCCCAUGACCUCCUGGAGCACCGGCGCCUGCUUUGGCACGGCACCAACGUGGCGGUGAUCGCGGCCAUCCUGAAGAGCGGGCUGCGCAUCAUGCCCCACUCAGGCGGGCGCGUGGGCAAGGGCAUCUACUUUGCCUCCGAGAACAGCAAGUCAGCCUGCUAUGUGGGCUGCACAUCCAAGAAGGUUGGCAUCAUGUUCCUGACGGAGGUGGCCCUAGGCAAGCCCUACCGCAUCACCUGUGACAACCCCACGCUGUGUCAGCCACCCGCCGGCUACGACAGCGUCCUGGCCUGUGGCCAGACGGAGCCAGAUCCUGCGCAGGAUGAGGAGGUGCUGCUGGAUGGCAAGAAGGUGCUGGUGUGCCAAGGCAAGCCCAUCCCCAUGCCCGCCUACAAGGACUCCUCCUUCGGCCAGAGCGAGUACCUCAUCUACCAGGAAAGCCAGUGUCGGAUCCGCUACCUUGUCCAGCUCCAAUUCUGAGGGUGGCCGGGCACCCUGCGGUCCCAUCCCAGCACCAGGUGGUGAUGCCCACCAGCCUGGAGCACAGUGGUCUGGACUCUCUGGCCACCCCACCUGGGGCUUGGCAAGGGACAGGCUGGCAUGGGGACAGAGCUUGCUUUGACCAUGAAUAAAAACCCUGUGCCUUGUA